AUGACUCAGUUGCUGGCCUUCCACUUUGUUGUUGUAAACAUUGAAAAAGUGGAUUGUGAUGACAAUCUGGAGCACUGGCAUAGUAAAGCCUGCAAAUGUGAUUGUCAGAGAAGUCCAAACUCAGUGUGGUCCACUGGAACAGACAGUCUAGAAUGCAUGCCAGAGUGUCCCUAUCAUAAGCCUCUUGGUUUUGAAUCAGCAGCUGUCACUCCAGAUCAGAUUAGCUGUUCCAGUCCAGAGCAGUACACUGGGUGGUAUGCUUCAUGGACUGCAAACAAAGCCCGGCUUAACGGACAAGGAUUUGGGUGUGCCUGGCUCUCCAAAUACCAAGACACAAACCAGUGGCUGCAGAUUGACCUAAAGGAAAUUAAAGUUAUUUCAGGGAUAAUUACACAGGGAAGAUGUGAUGCAGAUGAAUGGAUGACAAAAUAUAGUGUGCAGUACAGGACUGAUGAGAAUCUGAACUGGGUUUAUUACAAGGACCAAACAGGAAACAAUCGGGUUUUCUAUGGAAAUUCAGACAGAUCAUCAUCUGUGCAGAACCUUUUGCGCCCACCCAUUGUUUCUCGCUACAUAAGGUUGAUACCCCUUGGCUGGCAUGUGCGCAUUGCUAUCAGGAUGGAGCUGCUGGAGUGCAUGAAUAAAUGUGUUUAA